UCCGAUAAGUGGACUGGUCUGAGCAGUGGGGUGUUUGUAACCACCAAGGCCGCGCGCCGCUCAUGGACCCAAAACUCAAUCACGCAGCUGCUGACAAAGAGGAGUGCAGGAAAUAACACCAUCUGGUGAUUUGACAGUCCAGAGUCCAGGGAUUCUGCAGUAAAGUCUCUACAAUCCUCGAGAACCUCAUUCUAACCGGUGAAGGAGAAGAACUGAUGUUGGACGAGGUGAGGGGGGCGGGGUCCUACAAGAAGGGGACGGCCCUCUCCGGUAACACGGCCUCUGAUCUCGUUGUCAUCAUGAAGAAUGUACCAACUGAGGCUAACGUCUCCAACACCAUGCAAAAGUUGGUGGAGGUCCUGAACACUGAUGAAAAGGAAGAAACGGAGAAGAGAGUGGAGGAGAGGGUCUCUCUCAGUAGGACUGGCACCAACGUGUUUGAGCUCCACACUAAGCAGGAUUGUUCAGUGAGAGUUCACUUCACAUCAACUGGAGACAAAGUCUAUGGCCCCGUGCCCGACGGAAAAGAUAUGAAACCAUAUCAAGAUGCCCUGAGGAUGAUCCGUCAUUGUCGGUGGUGGGAGGAGCACACCGCACACCUCAAGAAUGCCCGUAACCUGGCCCGACUCCUGAAGGAUCUGUGUCGUCAUGUUCCAGGUCUCAGACUGCUAGACCCCUGGCACAUCGAACUACUGUCAAACUGUGCCGUCAUCCCACUGGUGGGAGACGAGCCGCUUAGUCUAGUGGACAGCUUCAAGAGAGUGUGGCAGCUGUUGUCCGCCGGACUGUUCCUCCCUGGCUCCAUUGGCAUCCCCGACCCCUGUGAGGAGACAGAUGCUGGUGUACACGAGAGUCUGCCGAUUUGGGCCAUGGAUGAACUGACCAGAAACUCUCAGAUGAUUCUGCAAAUGCUCCACUUUGGAGCCUAUCAGGAAAUACUGGGCGUGGAUGGAGCCAAAACCUAUAGAUUUCUCCUCUCCCUAUGUCCUGAAUACUGUCACCAUCGACGUCCCUCAGCCAGUGUGCGACAAGCCGGACCCCGCAGCACUAAUGGACGUGGAACUCACCACCAGCACACAGAUGACUGA